AUGGAAUUGAACGGUGCGCUACCGUAUCUCUACGGUCGAACGCGCGUAGAGUGAACGCGAACCGGAGGAACAAGUGCGAGUAAGUCCUUUCGGAUCUAGGAUCCGGAUUGGCUCCCAAUCGCGGUUGUACGUUCGUUUUUUACCAUCGUUCAUUGACCAUUGUCGUCAAUUUGUUGGUCGCGUGAUUUCCAAAAGUGCGUUCAUUGAAGUGAUAUCUUAUCGUGCGGCAUCCCAUAACCAUCGACCUCGAAUUCAAGGGGAAGUCAUUCUUGGGAUCCAAUUUACCACUUCUGCGUUAAUAACAGAUAUUAUGGCAGCAACGACAAGCAGAGACAAUUACGAUGAUGACGACGAGGACGAAGAACUUACGGCCGAAUCACCGCUCAUUCCGUGCCAAGAUAGAGCCACAUCGCAGCAUCCACAAUCGUCCUCCAACAUUCGAUGUAGAUCACCACCUCGGAAAUCCGCACGGCCGUUAGAUGCACAAAAUUCAAACUGUCAGCACAUAGAAAGGUUCUCAUUGGAGGAGGCUGUCGUCGCCGUAGAUAUAAUGGAGCAGAAAAUUGAUGCAGUUGGUAAAGUCACCGGUGAAUGGGGACGAUGGCAAUUACGAACUGUCCUGCUGAUUUUCCUCUGCAAGAUACCCUCGUCGUGGUUCAUGGCUUGUAUCAUCUUCACAGCUCCGGCCCCCCGACACGGGGAGUUCUACUGUAAGCCACCAGAAAUUCUAGGCGCCAAGAAUCACACUGAGUGGAUAAAGGUUUCACAUCCGGCCAAGGAAGAGAAGGACGACCAAGAGUUCAACAUUGACUUUUGUAACGUUUACCAAGAUGUCCGGGACCACGUUCAUCAAUACUUUCACUAUGACUCGCAGGCUGCCGAGCCUAACUUUACCGAGGAGCCUACGCGUGACAGUUCGAUAGUGCCGUGUAAUUCAUUCGUCCAUCAUGCGGACUUUCAUUCGCUAAUAACGCAAUUCGAUCUGGUGUGCUCGCGUGAUAUCCUUGUUGCCGUAACGCAAUUUUUUCAUUUAUUUGGUGUCUUAACGGGCGGAAUUCUAGCCACGUACUUACUUAAAUACUUUAGUCCUAAAAGUGUGAUGUUAUUUGGUAUGAUAACGCAAAUAUUUUGCGGUAAUAUGACUGGUCAUGUUGUAUCAUAUGAAUUGCAUGUCUUCUUUAGAUGCCUAUCAGCGGUUUGCUGUGCUCAAAUGUAUACUGCCGGUGCUAUGAUAUUCAUGGACAUUACAGGCGGAAUAUAUCGAACAGUAGUUUGUACAUUAUUCGAAGUAUUUUGGUCAAUUGGUGUGAUAUUACUACCUGGGGUAGCGAGUUUCUUCCAAAGUUGGACGCAUCUGUAUAUGGCAAUAUCAUUUCCAACAUUACUUCUCAUCUAUCUUUGGAGAUGGAUUCCCGAUUCACCACGAUGGAUGAUACAACGCGGACGUGUUGAUGAAGCUAAAGAAAUUCUUAUGGAAUGUAUAGAAGUUAACGGUACUAAAUAUGGUCUUCCAAGUGAUAUUGAUCAACAGCUCAAAACACAAGCGAUCCUAUGUAUGGAAAGUCCACCGCCGGCCGGUUGGUGGUCGAUAUGGAAAGGUCCUAGAGCAAAACGACAUAUGAUCUGUGUUCAUUUAGCCUGGUCAAUUUAUAUAGUAGUUUAUUAUGGAAUGCUAUUAAACAUUCGAUCGUUUAGUCGUGAUCAUCUUGAAAUUAAUACGGCAGUAGCUGGAGCUAGUGAAAUUAUAGGUGUCCUUGUUGGCCUCUAUCUAAUUCUACAUACAUCACGUAAAUGGCUUUGGUCAGGCCUUUUUAAUGUAAUAGCCGGCUUAAUAGCAUAUUUGGCAUGGAUCAUACCGCCAGAAAUCAAGGGUAAUAAUCGUGUAGCGCUCUUGAUGCUGUCAGCUAUGAUAUCCAAGUCGGCCAUAUCUUCAACACUAGCACUUUUAACAACAUGCACAACCGAAUUAGUUAGUGCGGAAAAGAAGCAAAUUUGUGCAUUUUCGACAAUAGUAUGGGCCAGAAUAUGGCUGCUAACUGCACCAUUUAUCGGUGCUACUGUGAUUUUUGGACAGCUCGUGCCCCAAACGGCAUUCGCUUCAUUAAGUAUCGUUGGUGGUGUUUUAACUGCCUUAAUUAGUAGUCCCCGAACAAUUCCUAAGCAGAAAACAACCAAUCUACCUCCGGAAAUUAAAUCGGGCAUCUGGACAACCAAAACCCACGAUGAGAAAAUACGUUUAUGAAUGUUACUGAAAACCUAUCUUUUUACUUUCAAAUAGUAGCAACAAGUCACAACAAGAGUCUAUUUAGAACAUAGUAAAAAUAAGAUGAAUCUAACUAAUUACAAAAACAAUUCUAGUGCAAUUCGAAUCAAGAAACCUUACUAACUCUUAAAGAUUAUAUACAAUUGAAAUUUUAACGUCUUAAGACUCCUUCGUGUAACUCGAUAAGGAUUGUAACGAGCAACCAGUUUUCAUCUGUAUAAAAUUACACACAGAAUCUAGAGAAACCACUAAUGAAACCACAAAAAGAUAGUUACUGUGUAUCCGUACACACUUAGAAACAUUUAGAGUACUAACAAAAAUCUUAUAGGAACAGAGGCCAUAAAACUAUAUUUUAUUCAAUUCGGAAAAAUACUAUUUUCUUCUAAACAGAGAAAUUCGUAUUAGUCAACCAAUAAAUUCUUGUUAUUUAAUUUUUAAGUAGCUCUAUACGACCUAUAAAGAACUGUUAGAAAGUAAAAAAGAGAAAAAUAUUUAUGAAAAUAAAG